AGGUGGCGAGCAUGCCUCUGUCUGCUUUUUUGUCAAGGGACCCAUCUGACCACCAUCAGGAUUUGGACUGGGCACUGUCAGAAGUUGAAAAAAAGCUCUGCAGACAUUUUUCCAGAAUUGUCACCAGAGGAAAGCGAGGCAGAGCAGUUCCAAUUCUUCUGACCCCAAACAUGCUCCAUGAUUUGGAGCUCCUCGUUCAGCAAAGAGAGGCCUGUAGGGUUCUUGGAGACAAUAUUUAUAUGUUUGCAAGACCUGCAGCGAUGUCGCAUCUCCGUGGCUCAGACUGCAUCCGUGACUUUGCCAAAGCAUGUGGUGCAAACUGUCCCAAGGCAUUGUCAUCAACCAAACUGCGAAAACAUGCAGCAACUCUUUCAACAGUCCUGAACAUGACUGACACAGACAUGGAUCAACUAGCCAACUUUCUUUGUCAUGACAUCAGGAUCCACCGCAAGUUCUAUAGACUACCUGACAAGACACUGCAGCUCGCAAAGAUCAGUAAAGUUUUACUGGCUCUUGAGAGCGGGAGAUUGGCUGAGUUCCAUGGAAAGAAUCUCGAUGAGAUCACAAUAGAUCCAAAUGAAAACGUUAUGGGUAGUGAUGAGGAAGAUGGAUGCGAUGGAGAUCGUUCAUUUGCUGUUGAUGAACCAUUAGCAGAGGAAACUGUUGCAGAUGUGGGCAACUCAACAGGCAAGAAUCCCAUCCCAGAAGAGCCAUCAGCAGAGCAUGGAGCAGCGAGUCCCGUGGCACAUUCCUCCAAAGGUAAAGCGCCACAAAAAUGAAGACCCUGGCAGGCAGCAGAGAUCAGGGCAGUAGAGAGACACAUGUUUCAAUUCAUUCGGUCUUCUACAGUACCAUCAAAGACAGAUUGUGAGAAAUGUUUAAGAGCUGAAGCUGAAAGUCUCCAUAACCGAAACUGGCAGAAUUUGAAGUUCUAUGUCUACAAUAGAAUUACAGCAUUAAAGAGGAAAAUGCACCCUCAACAGU